AUGGGAGAACAAGAAACUAUAGAGGGAUAUAUCAGCAGAAUUCAGGUGAUUGUUAAUGUUAUGCGUGCAUGUGACAAAAUCGUAAAAGACAAGAAGAUUGUCCAUAAAAUCUUGCGAACCUUGACGCCCCAAUACGACCAUAUUGUCGUUGCCAUUGAAGAGAGUAGAGAUCUUGAGAAAAUGAAGGUUGAAGAGCUGCAAAAUUCACUUGAAGCUCACAAACAACGUUUGAUGGAGAGAAAAGCUGCAGAACAAGAUACUACACAAAACACUAAUCAAGCAUUGCAAGUCAAGACUUAUAAGAAUCGUGGGAAUAACAGAGGUAGAGGUAGGUCUCGCGGUGGUCGUGGAGGCAUAAAUGGAGGUAGACACAAUGGUGAACAAAACAAAGAUGUUGAAAGCAACGAACAAGGCAGUUGUAGAGGUAGAGGAAAGCCCAAAGGCAGAGGCGGCAGAAAGAAUCCUGAUAAGAGGAAUAUACAGUGUUUUACGUGUAUUAAAUAUGGUCAUUACUCCUCGGAGUGCUGGCACAAUGAGAAUGUUAAGAAAGAUCAUAACGAUGAAGUGAAUCUUGCAAAAGAAGAACUGGAGUCUGAAUCAGACCAUGUCAUCCUGAUGACUAUCGUCGUAGAUAGAAGAAAAAAUGAUAAAUGUGUUAUGGCAUACGGUGAUUUCUUUCAAAACACAACCAGCGUAAAGAAUGACAAAUGGCCUAGGAAUGCUACACAAGCAGAACAGGUGUCACUGACAGGAGAAAUUGAUCAUGCAAGGGAGGACAUGUCAUGGUAUCUUGACAUAGAAUGUUCUAAUCAUAUGACAGGUAAUAAAAGAUGGAUAAUUGAUCUAGACACCAGUGUCAAGAGCGUUGUUCGUUUCGUAGAUGAUAGUAUAAUUCGUGCAGAAGGCUUAGGCAAGGUGUUGAUCACACGAAAAGAUGGCAAAUCUGUAUUCAUGCACAAUGUCCUCUAUGUGCCCACUAUGAAGAGUAAUCUUCUGAGUCUUGGCCAACUCCUUGAAAAGGGAUACACUAUGAAUUUAUGUGAAAAAAAUAUUGAGGUUUAUGACGAAAAACAGAGAUUGAUAAUCAAGGCACCUCUUGCUCGGAAUAGAACGUUCAAAGUUAACUUGAAUGUUGUUGAAGUGUAA